GCACCGGAUAUGUCGUUGAUCUUGACCUUCCCUUUCAAUUGGCCGGAAUCAGUCUGUCGUGUAGCUGCAAGCUACAUUCUUCUAAAAGUAGUAGAAAAAUGCAAUUAUCUCCGCUGUAAAUGGUAUUGCCAACGAGGUAUUUACCAAAGUGUACAUAUAAAGUCGUCUUUUUACGGGAACAAUGGUGAAGUACUUCGCCUGUGUUGGUCUUCUGAAAAGUUCCUGGGACCAAGUCUGCAUCGCUUUCUGGGAGCGAUACCCCAACCCCUACAGUAACCAUGUCCUAACGGAGGACAUCAUCUUCAGGGAUGUAACUCCAAGUAACCGUCUGGUCUCUAGGCGACUGCUGACCAAAACUAACCGCGCCCCUCGCUGGAUGGAGAAGUACCUGCCGGUUACCAUGGCCAGGCACGCCUACAUCAUCGAGGAUUCCAUCGUGGACCCCCAGAACAGAACCAUGACAACGCUGACUUGGAACAUCAGCCACGCACGAAUGAUGUCUGUGGAGGAGCGUUGUGAGUACAGAAUUAACCCUGACAACACCAGCUGGACGGAGAUUAACAGAGAGGCCUGGAUCUCGUCUAACCUCUACGGGCUCUCCAGAGCUAUACAGGAAUUCGGCCUUGCCCGGUUCAAGACCAGUGUUGCAAAGACCAUGAAAGGGUUUGAAUACGUCCUGGCCAAAAUGCAAGGCGAUACCCCCUCCAGGACCCUGACUGAGCAGGCUGCAGAGAGGGCCAGGGAGACGGCUCUGGUAGCUAAAGAGAAAGCCAAAGGCCUGGCCUCACAGGCUCACAAGAAACACCAGUAUGUCUGAGCUGCCAGUGUAGGGUGAAGCUUCCCUUAGACGCUGAUAUGGUUAGGAUUAGGAUUGGGGCAGGGGAAGCUGAUCCUAAAUGUCUUCCUAGGAACUUUAUCCUGGAGCCCGAGGGAGGAAGUAGACAUUGGCCCCUGUCAGACCUGCCUGGAUUCAAAGACUAUUCAAGAAUAAUUUCAACUACUUUAUCUGGGAUCGAUUUUAAGUAUGCCUGGAACCAAUAGAAUGCUGAAAACCCCUGCUCGUCUGGCACUCCAGGCAGGCUCAAGCAAUUACAAAAAAAAAAAAAAAUGUUGAAUAGUAUUUGAACCCAGAUCUGUUUGUCCCUAACUGCUGGACCAGAGUCAGAUCUUAUUUACCCCCCUCAUGAUUACAUUUGGAGGUAGGGGAAUCUGAUCCCAGAUCUGUAAUUAAGGUUGCAAAAUUCCGGUAACUUCCAGAAAUACCAGUUGAAGAUUCCCGGAACAAUAUAAUAUAUUAGUAUUAAUAUAUUAAUAAAAUAUAUUAAUAAUAUAUUAAUAUAUAUAGUAUAAUAAGGUAAUAAGCUGGAAAUCGGAAAUCCUCCAACCAGUUUCUGGGAAAUGUUGUAGAUGCUUUGAAGAAAUGUUACUACUCUCGGUGUGACUGAGCUCAGGACCAUUACAGUUAAAAGAUUUGAUUCAAAUGUGGUCAGAGGCUUCGUGAGACGCAAUUACUGCUCCUCCGGAGGCGGAGUCUUAAUCAAACUCCGUAACGCCUCUUAAAUGUUGUAACAAUGCAGAGGGCUCGGUUUAGCUCCACAUUGAUUGGUUGACGGUAAGCGGGGGGGGUCCUGUAUUAAAACAAACUCACUGCCAUGACAACUUCCUUCACAGCAGUUCUGCGAAACUCUGACUUCAGCAGAGGCUGCAACACGGCGUACGGGCCACUACAGCUUUUUCAACUUUGUCUUCUACCACAAAGUGUCUAGGGUCACAAUAGUCCUAGCUAGCGUCCUUGUCUCCUUUCCUUCAGGACAGUACUCUUUAACAGGUAGGUGAAGGCACUGGGCUUGUUUCCAUUCUACUUCCUCCACGUGUCCGUGGUCUUAUCAGUUGGGGUGUAGAUGCUUAUCUCAAUGAGACAAACCUGCAGAAAUGAAGGUUACAUACCAGUAGCAGGAAGUGGCCGCGACGAGGCUAAACUCUAUGGAAGUGGUGACUGUACAUCACAGAAUGUAAACUGACUGUAAUGGUUGGAGGUAUGCGGCAGCAUCAGGGACAAGACGACGCCAGUCUCACCCAGCAGGUGGUCUACUGUGCACGGCCGACGUUGGUCUUGGUCGGUCUUGUCCUCUUUCUUUUCAGCCUGGUUCGUGUCUCCAGAAAUGACUCGUGACUCUAGUUAGAUUUCCAUCUGGAUGUUGUUGUGACCAACUGAAUACUGUCAUCGUCUUAAAGUCUAAACCACCACGAGGAUGUAGUUCCGCUUUCAUCGUCUUAAAGUCUAACCACCACGAGGAUGUAGUUCCGCUUUCAUCGUCUUAAAGUCUAACCACCACGAGGAUGUAGUUCCGCUUUCAUCGUCUUAAAGUCUAACCACCACGAGGAUGUAGUUCCGCUUUCAUCGUCUUAAAGUCUAACCACCACGAGGAUGUAGUUCUGCUUUCAUCGUCUUAAAGUCUAACCACCACGAGGAUGUAGUUCUGCUUUCAUCGUCUUAAAGUCUAACCACCACGAGGAUGUAGUUCCGCUUUCAUCGUCUUAAAGUCUAACCACCACGAGGAUGUAGUUCCGCUUUCAUCGUCUUAAAGUCUAACCACCACGAGGAUGUAGUUCCGCUUUCAUCGUCUUAAAGUCUAACCACCACGAGGAUGUAGUUCCGCACAGUGAAGCAGGUCCUUAGACGCUGAUAUUGGGUCAGUUUACCAUUCCCCCCCCACUAAUGUCUAAGGUUAUGAUUGGGUGAGGGGGAAGCUGAUCCUAGACCUGGAGGCCUACCCACCAUUCCCUCCCAACUCCAAGGAUGUAUCCCAAUUGGCACCCUUAUUCCCUCCCUAUAUAGUGUACUACUUUUUACCAGAGUCCUAUAGACCCUGAUAUAAAGUAGUGUCCCAGAGUCCUAUAGACCCUGAUAUAAAGUAGUGUCCCAGAGUCCUAUAGACCCUGAUAUAAAGUAGUGCCCUAAAUAGGGAAUAGGGUGCCAUUUGGAACUGCGCCAUAUAGACCCUGAUAUAAAAUAGUGCCCUAAAUAGAGAAUAGGGUGCCAUUUUGGGACUGAGCCUCAGUGCUCUCUUCUCUUCAGCUCUUUAACCUCUUGUGCUCUUCUGUCUUCUCUGUCACAAGAAGCAUUUCUCCUGUCUGUUGUAAUUCAUUUACCUUCAUAUAGUUGUGUUUCUCACACUGUAGAUGAGACUGACUACAUAUCUUCAUUUACAUUUGUGUUUUAGCCUUACGAUUUUAAAUAUUUGUUUUUUCAUUUCAAAAUCCAAUCUUUUGUUUCUGCUAGCUAGACUGCUCCAAAAAAGCACAUGUCAAAAGAAAUCUCUUGAUUCUCUUCGCUGAUUAUAUUCAUUGAUUUUUAGUUAUGGCGUUUUCAUUUCAUUGCUUCAAAUUUAAAGUUGUUACAAGUGUGAUGAGGGGGUCCACGUUGCUUGAAUGUGAACCUCGUUCUUGACAUUGUGAACAGACAGGAUUGCUGUCGACAUCGAUGUCUGUCUGAGGCAUGCUUGAAGAAAUUAGCUCCAGAAAGUGAGUCAAAUUGCUGAAGUUGUAAAUGACACUUAAAGACAUCCUGGGUGUGACUGGGUUUUUUUUUUUUUUCAACCUCCCGCUUUGGGCCUGGAUGUGUCUGUAGUUUCAUCAAUAAUGCUCGAGGGGUCGUUGGCACGUGGCCAAUAUACCACAGCUAAGAGCUGUUCUUAAGCCAUAUAUCACAUAUCCAGAGGUGCCUUAUUGCUAUUAGAAACCGGUUACCAACGUAAUUAGAGCAGUAAAAAAUUACAUAAUGUUUUGUCAUAUCCAUGCUAUACGGUCUGAUGUACCACGGCUGUCAGCCAAUCAGCAUUCAGGGCUCGAACCACCCAGUUUAUAAACAUGCAGAAUUACUGUCUUACCUCAAUUAGCCAUGAAAUCCCUAGUUUCUAACCCUUUCCCGCCACAUGGGCCAGCAAUUAGUUGUAGUCCGCGGGCUUCGGCCCCUUUUUGACAUUUUGAGUGACGGCAAGAUGCUAACGCAGCAGAGAGAGGAGCAAUGAUGUGGUGCACAUACGUGAUGUAGUACACAAUAUUCGGGGACCACUUUUGGUUUGUGAGUGCUCCUAUCAGAACCACUGGCUGAAAGGUAAACAAAAAGUACUGUUGAAUUAUUUUAAAUUUAUUUUAAAUUAUUUUUUUUAUUUUUUUUUAAUGAAUGCAUACAAAUGAUGAAUGUGCUAUGUUUGAGCAACAGGCUUAUUGAUGAAUACCAAUAAAAUAUUUUGUGUUACAUGGA